AUGUCAGAAACUUCUUUUGGUGUGGUGUCAUUUACAAUCAUAUUAAUUUUGUUCAUUUAUGCUAUUGCAGGAUCAUAUUUUGAGCACAAACAUGUAGGAUGAAUUAAAUAAUAGUAGAUUCACUUUAUACAUGAAACAGGAUUGGGAAUUAUUUUAGGAGUUGUAGCUGGAGGGUUGUUUACAUUAAUUUACAGAGGAACAUUGUAUUACAUCGUAAAGACAAUUAAUAAAAUAGUACGAAUUUAAUGAAUCCUUCUUUUUCUAUAUUUUGUUACCAAUAAUCAUUUUUGCAGGAGGAUACAAUUUAAACAAAAGAAGGUAUAUAUCUAUUCAAGUUAGAUUCUUUCAAAAUUUUUUAUAUAUUAAUUUAUUUGGAUUGUUGGGUACAUUAUUGACUUUCCUAUUGAUAGUAUGCUUCACAUUUUUGAUUAGUGAUGGAGGUUUGAAUUAAUUUUUGAUUCUAUAUAGAUUUGAUUAAAAUUUGGGGAAGUGAUACUUCGAUUAAAUUGAAGACAGAAUAGAUUAUGAUAUUUGCAGCUACAAUUUGUGCUACUGAUUCUGUAGCAGCAUUGACAAUGAUUAAACCUAAUAAAUAUCCAAAACUAUUUAGUGUAGUAUUUGGAGAAGGAAUGGUUAAUGAUGCUGUGUCUAUCAUUCUAUAUAUAUCUGUAGAUUUAUUAUCUGGCAAACAUGAUACUAUUUUAACAGUCUCUUUAGAGUUUUGUUUCUUAUUCAUAUUGGAAUUCUUUUGUAGUCUUGUUGUUGGAUUAUUCUUUGGAGUAUUAGCAUCUAUUCUUUUCAAAUAUUUUAGAUUUAUUACAGAAUCUGUUAUUUUAGAAAUGGCUAUCAUAAUUUAUAUAGCCUAUGGUAGUUUCACAAUGUGUGAAUUAUUAGGGUUGAGUGGAGUAUUGUCAGUAUUAGCUACUGGAGCUCUUAUGGCUUAUUAUAACAUUUAUAAUUUAUCUAGUUUGGGUUAGGUUGCAUCAAAGUAAAUUUAUAUAGAAUAAUUAUAGGAUUACAGUUUCUACCUUGUCUUUAAUAUGUGAGGCAUUUAUAUAUAUUUAUUUGGGAUUGUCAAUGUGGAUAUUAUCUGGAUAUCAAAAUUCAGAUGAUGCAAUUGAAAAGCCAAAAUGUAGUUGGACAUUUUUAGUAUUAGAAUUAUUGAUAUGCUUUUUCUCAAGGGGUAUAUCAAUGGUGAUACUCUCAGGAAUAGCCUAUUUAAUUAAAGGAAAAGAGAAAUUUAAAUUAUCUAUUUAAGAAUUGAAUAUCAUAUGGUUUGCUGGAUUGAUUCGAGGAUCUGUAGCAUAUGCUUUAAUUACAAAAUUAUAAAUCUCUGAUCCUGAAGAUCUAAAUGAAAGAUAUCAAGUUGAAGUCAUAAAAACUACUGUCUUAUUUAUGGUUAUCAUUACUACUAUAAUAUUAGGAGCAAUGAUGCCUUUUUAUAUUAAAUUAAAUCUCAAAUAAAAAGUGGAGGAUUCUAAUAAAAAGUUGUUAUAAAAUUAUGAAAUAGAAAGUGGUUAUCGUAGAUAAAUUUAAAAUAAAUUCAAAUAUCUUGAUGAUCAUUAUUUUAAAUAUUGGAUGAUUUUUAAUUAUUAAAAUAGAAAAUCAGAAAUUCUUAGAUAAUAAUAAGAAAAAUAAUAAGAUGAAGAUAGUCAUAGUAAAAUUGGUCUAGUUUCUUAAUUCUAAUCUAAGUUUACUGGAAAUUAGAACAUUAUAUUCUAUGUUGAAGCAAAUAAAAAUAAUCCUUUUCAUACAGAAUCAUUAAUUGAAGGAAUAGAUGAUUUAGAUGAAAACGAUUAAUCAGAUUAACCAAAUUUGAUGACUUAAAUAUCCUAAAAUAACAAUGAUUUAUGA